GUAAAACAAACACCUUCAUCAAAAGACGAUAAUCGGUAUAGGAACAUAAAACUGCAUGUGUGAAUGUGCUGAGAUCUUCGUUUCACAGAAAUAUGAUCGGCUGAAUCAUGAUCGUCUCCUGACCGGAAAUUAGUUUUCAUCCACAAAGAUUGGAAUUGAGUCGAAAUUGAAACGACGAGUAAAGCAAAAUCAUCAACGUUGCAACAGAAAAGUAAAAUCCCGAAAGCAGUAUCCUUGCAGAGUGGUGACAACCAGCACAUUAUUGUCUCUCCCGCUGAGUCGGUGCAGUAAAUUUUAUCUGCUGUGCUCAUGUAGUCACCACAGCUUUUCCGUGCUUUCGAAAACCAAAAACGCCCCCCGAGAAGGAAGAGUUUAUCAUCAUCGAGUUGAGUUUGUUUGGAGUGAAAUUCGUCGCCACCUAACCACGUGAUCGAUUCCUGCUCUUUUUCCCGUUUACCGGCGGCGUCCAGCCGUAAUCGUCAAAAUUGUUGCCCCAAGGCGUCUCGACGGCGGCGUCGGCGUCGAAAAAAGCGGAAGCAGUAGCAGUGGCCACCAGCAGAGCGUACCUCCAGUAUCAUCAGCGGCCGUCGUCGUCCUGGAACUGCUCCUGGCAAAUCAACUGUCAGUGGAAACUUGCCGAAGUGGCCGCUGCUACAGAAGUGAGGAAGCAAGUGUUAAAGUUGAGUUACACCAGCAGCACCAGGCGGAGGAAGCAGAGAAUCAGCAGUGGUGUUGGCAUUGGAUCUCCAGCAUCCGUUCGGCCAGCCAGAGGGGGCAGCAGCAGCAGCAGCAAAGGAAUCAGGACAACGACGACGACGCUGGCCGGGAGGACGCUGCUACGGAGAGAUGAGAUGAGGCUGCUACACGGCGUUAGUUUCAUUAUAUUUGCUGCCGUUUCAGUAUGCGCCGGGAAUCCUGAUGCUAAGCGUCUCUACGAUGAUCUGCUGAGCAACUACAAUAAACUGGUCCGACCCGUAGUUAACGUUACGGACGCCCUCACAGUCAAGAUUAAGCUCAAACUGUCGCAACUUAUUGAUGUGAAUCUGAAGAAUCAAAUUAUGACCACAAACCUGUGGGUGGAGCAGACCUGGUACGACUACAAGCUCAAGUGGGAACCGAAGGAGUAUGGCGGGGUGGAGAUGCUGCACGUGCCCUCGGACCACAUCUGGCGGCCGGACAUCGUCCUGUACAACAACGCCGACGGUAACUUCGAGGUGACGCUCGCUACCAAGGCGACGCUCAACUACACCGGACGGGUCGAAUGGCGCCCGCCGGCCAUCUACAAAAGUUCCUGCGAGAUUGACGUCGAGUACUUUCCGUUCGACGAGCAGACGUGUGUGAUGAAAUUCGGCAGCUGGACGUACGAUGGCUUUCAGGUCGAUCUGCGUCACAUCGACGAAGUCAACGACACAAACGUGGUGGAGAUUGGAGUGGAUUUGUCCGAGUUCUACACCUCCGUCGAGUGGGACAUCCUAGAAGUUCCUGCAGUUAGAAAUGAAAAGUUUUACACGUGUUGUGAUGAGCCCUAUCUCGAUAUCACCUUCAACAUCACAAUGCGCCGUAAAACGCUGUUUUAUACCGUUAACCUAAUUAUUCCCUGCAUGGGCAUCAGCUUCCUGACGAUAUUAGUGUUCUACCUGCCGUCCGACAGCGGCGAAAAGGUAUCGUUAAGCAUAUCCAUCCUGCUGUCGUUGACUGUGUUCUUCUUGCUGUUGGCAGAAAUUAUUCCACCGACCUCACUCGUGGUUCCCUUGCUGGGAAAAUUCGUACUCUUCACCAUGAUCCUGGAUACGUUCAGUAUAUGUGUGACGGUGAUUGUGCUCAACAUUCACUUCCGGUCGCCGCAGACUCACACGAUGGCCCCCUGGGUUCGCACAAUUUUCAUCAAUCACCUGCCGAAGCUGCUGGUGAUGCGCCGUCCAAUCUACCAGCCGUUGCACCAUUUUAGUGCCGCUUCGCAAAGAUUUAUGCUACGUUCGCGCACUGCCGCCAUGGGCGACCACAUCCCACCGUUGCCGCCGACGAUUGCGUUCGAUCCGUCGGUCCUGCUCGAUCAUCAUCUGCUCGAUUCCAGCGACAGCAUAAACACCUGUCGUCUGCACGGUAGCCCGACACAUCAUGGUGGCCAUCAUCAUCAUCACCAUCACGGCGGCCUCAGGCACGGAAUCGACUUGAUGGAUGACCUCGCACUGCCGUAUCAAGAUCACAACCAUCACAACUCUCCUAUAUCACCCAACUAUCUGAAUCUGUUUUCAUCGUCGGCCGCGAGCACGGCCGUCCCUAAUCCGCUGCAUUCCACCGGAUCCGGAACGACUGGUGGCCUUUCGAGUGCCGGCGCGGCCCUGCUCGAUCCCCACAGCACCUUCCAGACAAACCUGGCCGGAGGUCUUGGCGGGGCAGGCAAAACUAACACAAAUGUGAUAAUUAACAACACUGCAACAAACACUACUACUAGGAGUAAUCUAAGCUGUUGUAAUAAUCUUUUCCUCAACGAUGGACGAACCGUGGGUUUAGAUAGUAGCGCGCAAUUAACGAACAACAACAUCCUGGGAAUGGGGGGCCUGGGAGGGCUCGGGGUGCCCAUGGACUCAUCGACGGCCGUUCCGACGGUUCCGAUAAUCAACACGACCGUGGACAGUGGUCUGGGUGGUAGCGGAGGAACCGGAAUAGGGGGCCUCGGAGGAAGCACAGACAGCACCGGUAAGGACAAGCCAACGCGAAAUCGAUGGCUGGCCUGCCCGGAACUGCACAAAGCAAUGGACGGGGUCACGUACAUUGCCGACCACACGAGAAAGGAGGAGGAGAGCACGAGGGUAAAGGAAGACUGGAAAUUUGUGGCCAUGGUGCUGGAUCGGUUGUUCCUGUGGAUCUUCACGAUUGCGGUCGUCUUCGGUACGGCCGGAAUUAUCCUGCAGGCGCCCACGCUCUACGACACCCGGGUGCCGAUCGAUAUCAAGAUGUCGGAGAUUGCGACAACGACGGCCAAGCCCUACAUCGCAAAACCGGUGCUAUAAGUCUGGAGAGGAAUUCCUAUAGGGAUAUUGUUGUUUUUAUUCUUGGAACCACAACCAUUUAGAAGAGAGGCCGCCACGAUUCUGUGUCGCCGUUGUAAGGCACGGGCGGACAAUUGAGCAGAACAUACCGGCAAAACGAUGGAGCCGCCGCCGGUCUAUUCAUUGGCCUUUCCGCCCCAACCCACCCUUCCCUGGUAGGUCGGAGGAAACAGGAAACGCCUCCAGAAAGCGGGCUGACGUGCUUUUUUUGUGUGGUCGCUUUCUAGUAGGAACAAGAUUUAAAUUCCCAGUGGAUAAUAGACGUUUUUAUCAAAAGGAAUCGGACGAACGAAAAUCUAGCAACGUAGAAACACAAAUCUAGGAGAACAAAAAAAAAAUUCUUCAACAUAGCCACGUGGCUAAGGACAGCAGGAGAAAGCCGAAGGAAGAAAACAAGUUUAUAAAGCAUUUUCUUCUUUAAUUCAUCUCAAGUGGUUUAUAAGAAAGAAAAAAACGAUUUUGAAAAGAUAAAAAGCAACAAACUGAAGCAAACGACGAGAGUGUACGUCUACUAAAUAAGACAACAAACGGAAGAGAAUACUAAAUCGCACACGAGUGUUUUGUUUUCCAUUGUUUAUUGCGCGAGAAGAAAGAGAACUGAGAAGCAGAACUGUUUAAAAUUUUAUUAACGUUUUAAAACUUGUACUGGUAGAGAUUUUUUCGAAUGACUAAUUGGGAGAUCAACUUCUCCAUUUGAAGGUGGGAAAGGGUAACUUUAAAAGCAAAACCAAACUACAGUGUUCGUUUAUUGUUAGGUUUCUUUUUCAUUCACCCACGCCGUUGUGCCAUUGCCGGAAAUGGGACGAAAUAGAGCUAGUAAGAAAGAAAAAACUUAGGGAAAAGUUACAUUGUUGUACCACUCACAAACCUUUAAAUCAGUUCACAACGACACACAUUCAUCCAAAUCUUACACACACAUGCAUACAUAAACGAAAAAAAACUUCACUUAUCCUAGGAAGGGAACCGGAAAAAAAAUCUCCAAACGGGGGUUCCUGGUUUUGGUUGUAACCGAUUACGAAAACGUUGGAUGUUUUUAAUCAAGCUUAAACUGAUUUCAAUCCAUUCAAAAUGACACCAUUUAUUAUUUUCCAACUCGCCAGGUUCCUUGAUAAAAGACAAAAUAAACAUGCCGAAACGUCGGACGUAGUAAAUAAACAUCGUUUUAUGAUUCGUUUUAGAUAGAAAUCGCAUAGAAAUCUUUUCAACAGAAAUUAUCAUUUUCUUAGUCUCUGAAGUUCCAAAUCUUUCAUGAAAAAAUUCUUUAUUCAAACGCCUGAAUUGCGACUAUCUUUUGAACCAUUCUACGUUAGAUUGGCAUCACCGAAGUAGUCAAGGAAGUGCGCAAGUUUUUGUACCCAAAACCCCAGUCCUGAGAGAUUGGAGGCUACGGCGGGCUCUGGAAUUUUCUUUUGAAUUCCUAAUGAUUUCUUCGACAUUCUUAAAGUUAGUUAAUGAGGUUCCUAUCUAGUUAACAGUUAGGUAACAAAAAUCAGGAAAUCUGAACUUCGGGUACCGAACUUAGAAGGCUAAACGCUCAACUCUUACUUAUCAUUUUAAUCGGAAGGUCUGGUUUCUAUACACAUACUUAUUAGGAUCUGUGAUAAAUCUGCGCGAGACAUUCAUUCCACAUUUCAGAAGUAAUAAAGUGUCCCGAGCUUCAGUUGAUUAUUUCAUCGGAACUUCCUUCAAUCAGCGAUUACCCAAAGAUUUGAACAUUUACUACACAAAGCAACAAAAUUCACAUUUUCCCGAGGUACAAAGAACUUUCCCAAAAUAAAAGUUUUAAUUCAAUGAUCAACUCUCCCCAAGUCCACGAGAAAUUUUGACCUCUGAAGAAAAAAUUAAGGUAUUUUUGUUUAUUUUUUCCCAAUUUUGUAAAAUACAAGAAUUUAAACAAAAUUUGAAAGAAGUUUUCAGACAAACUCAAUUCUUAGACAUUUUUGAAGCAUAAAUCAAAGCGUUUUGCUGUCUUCGACAAAGUUGUUCAAAUGAUUAAAAUCUUCAAUAUCAACUACUCGAAGACUUUCUACAGUUAUGUUAAAAAAGAUUUAUUCCCAUUUUUUAAAAUUGUAGAAUUUCAUUGAUUAUUUGAAUGCGUUGUAUCUCUGAAACUAAAACAUAUUUGCAAAGUCUAAAUCUUUGAUUGAAUAAGGGUCAAUAAAUAGGAAGUGAUAGUAGGUUAACUGUGAAGAAUUCUUUCAACAUGAUUUUGGUGGCAAAAGAAAGAAAAUAAAUUCAAACUACUUCGAAAGGCGUCAUACGUAUUUUAACAAAACAUUAACUUAUUUUGGGGUUAAUUGGGACAUGUCUAUAAACGUGUUUAGGAUCCUCCAAGAUUGUGGGAAAUAAUGUAGAACUCAAAAAAACUUUCUUUUAAGUUGAACUAGAAGUAAAAAAAAAUCUUGAAUGUCUUCGAGUAGUUUAGCCCCUGGAGUUAGGCACUACCUGUAACAUUUCUUAGAAUAUAAGUGAGGGCGAUGAAAAACUACUGGGGUUUGAAAAAAUCCCAAGAAUAUCUAAAGCAAAAAAAUAUGCUCUGAUUUGCGUUUAAAAUGAUAGAAGCUUAUAUGAACACAGUGUUGAUGUUGUAAGGAGUGUAUACGAAAAGAAUGCAACACUUUGUUUUGUGCAUAACUAUUGAUGAAAAUUUAAGUGAAGCCUCCUAGUGACUUAAUGUUUACAUGUGGAAUUUUUGUGAUAAUAUGUUCAGUGGUUUUGAAGAUAUCGUUAAAUGAAGAAGUGCAUCGAUUUUAAUUUUUGACGCGACGUGCGCCUUCUAGAAUGGCUACUAUGAACAACCUGUUUUCAAAAUCAAGACUUUUUUUAUGAUGAUAUCUUUUCUCUUAAUCUUGACUUUCAAAAUUACUCAAAAUUUUUAGUUUUAUCGAAGUUAUGGCACUUUUGUCAGAUUGUCCUCUUUCGGCACUUUUUUUGUGAUUGAUCGGUGGCAGAAAGCCUAGGACAAAUAUUCCUCGUCCUCCAUCUGCUGAGAUAGUACACUGGUUAAGAUAUCGGAUUGGCAAGCAAUAUAAAAAUGGUGUUGUGAAUUCGAUUCUCACUUCCCUACUGCAAUGUGUUUUUUUUUUUUAAUUUUCUCGUUUCUGGGAUGAAUUAUCCAAUAAUGAGUUUCCUUCCCAUAAAAUGUUUUCUUAUCUAAGUUUGUGGCAUAUCGGCGAAUUGAAAAUCUAAUUAGAGAGCAAUUAAGACAGAUAUGAAAAUUGAUAGGUGGAAAGGUCAAAGCUAGAGCGCUUUGGGUAGAAGAAACGAAUAGAUGGUGAAACUGUGAGCUAGGGCAUUGUUUCUUAUCGACAGCAUGACUGCUUGUGUGAUUCUUUACCCAGCACCUGCUGGCUGUUUGUAGUAAG